AUGCCACAACCAUAUGUGACCAUUCCAUUCUUUCUCCCCAUUUACAGUGUCACGUGUCUGGAUAUUGACGAAGAUAUGGGAAGUGACCUUGCCAACAACAAGGCUUUGAGGGGGCGGAUGGACGCCUACGAGUUUUCCACGCUGUCGUUUCUUGAUGACGAAACCACACUGGACACCGAGCAUCAAGCAACCGACCUGAGACUCUACCUCACCUCGGACUGGGACACGAUUCUAGCACUGUAUCAAGUCGAGGUCCAAUCAAGUUCUGCCGUCUGCAUGGCGCUGUUCGUCGAAGAUCAUUUCAGGAGGUACUCGUUAAACGACCACCUUGCAGACUUGUGGCUCCUACCAGGAAUCACGUUCAUCUCUCGCUCAUUGCGACUUGGUCGUGUUCAUCGCCGAGCAUUUGCCAUGGACCUCCGUAAUUUGGCCUGCAUUUUGCGAUUCAUGGUACCUUACCUGCAAACGCCUCACAAGGCAUUUUGCAACAUGGUCGGUUCCCGCAGGCGGAUCGAUCCUCCGGAUUUAUACCGAAAUGUCCGCGUCAUGAUCAAGAGCGGAAGACAACUCUCAGGGGAUGAUAUCAAGAAUACGAGCGGCCGCGGGCGCCCACUCCUAAUGCUUGAUGAGUUCGCAGCACCGUCUUGGCACGAGUCCCUCUUGGUUGACGGCAGUCCUACCCCAGAUUCAAUGUCAGUGCUACUGUAUCAUGGCGGUAACACUGUGGGAAACGCGAAUCCGACACUACACACCGCCCAGAUUGCGCCUUUGACAAGCCUGCCAUUCUUUCUACUGAGCAGCGAAGCUGGCAAAGAUAUAUCAGUACGAGAAACGACUACCGCCACGCGUCUUGCCGUCGUAUCUGCACUUCUCUGGAUGCAACCCAGUUACGACUAUACGGCCACCAUACUUUCUGCCACCACUUCUGCUAUUGAUCGAUCGAACUACGAGAGUGUUGUACAGGGGAGUAAAGGUCAAACACGGAGCCUUCGCGUUCCGAACGCAUGGUUGAUUACUGAACAAAGCUUGGCAAUGACCACGUCUUCGAUCAGACAAAUUUGGAUGUUGGACUAGUGGCAAGGAGUACCUUGCCUGCUCAUGGACGAACUUCGGCCUGACUUAGGGAUGAUGUGCGGUAUGCAGCAGCUCCGGCCGUGAAGGCUGCAUAGAAGGCUGCAUACAUGGUACAAUGUACAAUGUGUAUACCAUAUACUGGAUGCCAGAUGGUGGGCUCCAUCACUAGCCUGACUUGGCUCGUGUUGACAGUUACGUUUCUGACCCCAAGGUUCGGGAUUGUAAUUGCCAAGGCCUCAACUUCGACAGUAGUCUGUCUGGGGCCCGUUGCUUCACUACUAACUGUCACAGGCAUCAAAUUGGCUUCGACUCACCGCAAAAAUACUCACUAUUCUUCGACCGCUACAUGUCAGACACCGCAAGGUACGCCGGUGCAGCGAUUGCCAUACGAUGCAUUAGCAUCAUUACUUAGCUUGUGAGAACUGGAUUGGCUUAAUGAUUCCGAUGCUGGUCACUCGGACUAGGAUUGUUUCAAAAAUGCAGGCGACUAGAACAGCAGCGGUCGAUGCUACGAAUCAUGAGUCGACCGCUCGUCCUUAGAAACUAGCCGCAAUACAUGGAAUUGUUGUAAGGAACUUGUCGUGGCAAUUUGCGAGACUCUGGUUGGGAGAGCGUUACUGGCCUCCGAAGACGGCCACAAAUAAACUUCUGAGAUUUCAGAAGAAGUUCCUUGAAGGAAUAAUGCCAGUGUUGAUGGUGCCAAGGCGCGGUAAACAACAUCGCGAGAUAGGUCUGACGUCGGACAGACGGAGCUCUUCUCAGCAGGACACAUGCGCCCGAUCAGUCGAUAUGCCGUGCUUGCUCGCGCGAUCGUGUAUUCUUGACCUUGGGUCGCAUC